UGCUAUUAAAUUCUAGACCAAACUAAAGCUGAGCUUGAAGUUCCAUUGACUACCUUAUUUUUUAUAAUAAUAACAAAAGUUUUUUCUUCUCUCUUUCUUCAUUACAUAAGUGAGAUUCUUCUGUAUUGAGAAAAGGAAACUCUCAAGCCAAUGUAGAAGGAAGAAAAUUCUGGUGAAGUAGAUAUGUUUAAGAACCAGCUUCAAGAACUUGCACAAAGAAGCUGCUUCAAUCUUCCUUCUUAUGCCUGCAUUAGAGAAGGACCUGAUCAUGCACCAAGAUUCAAAGCUUCUGUGAACUUCAAUGGUGAGAUCUUUGAAAGCCCAAGUUACUGCACUACAUUGAGACAGGCAGAGCAUGCAGCUGCUGAAGUAGCCCUCAAUGUUCUUUCUUCCAGAGGCCCAUCAAGGUCUUUAACAGCAAGGGUUCUUGAUGAGACUGGAAUUUACAAAAACCUCCUUCAAGAAACUGCACAUAGAGCUGGACUUAAUCUCCCUGUAUAUACUACUGUAAGGUCAGGUCCUGGUCAUGUCCCAACUUUUACUUGUACUGUGGAGCUUGCUGGUAUGAAUUUCACAGGAGAGUCAGCAAAAACAAAGAAACAAGCAGAGAAAAAUGCUGCAAUAGCAGCUUGGUCUGCUUUGAAAAGAAUGUCUAACCUGGAAUUCUUGACAAACAAAGAAUUAGAAGCUCGUGAAGAACAAGAUCAAGCAGUUCUGGUUAAAGUCCUCUCAAAGUUUAGAUCCAGAGAUGAAUACAAACAACCAUGGAAGAGAGAUCAUGGGCAGGCAAAAAGAAGAAUGGUGAGGGGUUACAGAGACAUUAAUAGUUCUGCAUCAUCUUCCUCCUCCAUCACCAAUAAAACUAUGCUGCUUCAACAUCGGAAGCUCUUGGAUUUGUUAUUGGAUUCUGCACUAGACAGUUCAAUACAAAAGCCAAGCUCAUUUGUGUCUCUCCUUCCUCCACCCCCACCUAGAACAGCUUCAAAGAUUUUGCCACCAAACUCACCCAGAAGCAUCCAUCCAACACAGGUCAAGGGCAAAGAAGAAGUGAAAAUGCAAGAGGUUCCAGUUCCUUUGGAAGAGCAUAAAAGGGAUGAGGAAGAAUGGCUGGGGGCCUCAAGAAAACUCAUUGAAAAGAACAGUACAAGUUCUAUAUGCAGGCCAUUUCCACUGCCCAAUGCUGGGAAACUUGGCACAACCCAGCAGGAUUCGAGCCACAUUAUUAAUAAUAGAAUGUUUGGGCGUCCAAGUGCAAAAACUUCCUCAAGAAUUCACAUGGCUAGUCCUCUUUACACUGGAGUUUCUCACCCUCACAGGAUUGCCCCAGCAGUUCAAAUUAGGUCAGUGAUUCCAGUUUGUGCAGCACCACCACCAGCAGCCAGAUCCCAAUCAGCGUCAUCUACUAGUUCAAAAUGCACACAGACAGGAGGAGCACAAGCAUCUGAGGAGCACCCAUCUCAACUCAGUUCUGAGUUCAACAAGAAGCUAAGUUUAUGAAAGAAAAUGAAAAUUAAGAUAAAUAUUUUUAUUUCAAGCCAGUUUUUACUUGAUGGGUUGUCAUCUAAUUAGUGCUUUCAUUUUUGGCCUCUCAAGAAACAAACCAUGGUUUUGUCU